AUGGUGCGUCUGCGCUCUCUCCCACUCUCUCGACGUCGGCCGUGCGGAACUGACUCGUCCUCCUCGCGCAGGGUCAACUCGCGUCUCGAGCCGAGCGGCUUCCUCCCCGUGCAGGACCUCGGUACCGCGUUCAGCGACGGCACGCGCCUCAUCCAGCUCGUCGAAUCGCUCACGAACGAGUCGCUCGGCAAGUUCAACUACCAGCCGUACCUGCGCGUCCAGAAGGUCGAAAACGCGGCAAAGGCGCUCGACCGCAUCAAGGAGAUGGGCGUGCACCUGACCAACAUCGGCCCCGAGGACAUCGUCGACGGUCGCAGAAAGCUCAUCCUGGGCCUCAUCUGGUCGCUCGUCCUGCGCUUCUCCAUCGCCGAGAUCAACGAGGAGGGCAGCUUGGCCAAGGAGGGCCUGCUCCUGUGGGCGCAGCGCCGCACGGCGCCCUACGCCGAGGUCGACGUGCAGGAGUUCUCGACCUCGUGGCGGGACGGCCUCGCCUUCUGCGCCCUCAUCCACGCGCACCGCCCCGACCUCCUCGACUACUCGGCGCUGCGCAAGGACCCGACCUCGGCGGCGUACAACCUCGAAAAGGCGUUCUCGGUCGCAGAGGAGAGCCUUGGGAUCCCGAGGCUGCUCGAGGUCGAGGACUUGGUCGGUACGCGCAGGCCCGACGAGCGCAGCGUCAUGACGUGCGUGGCGCAGUACUUUCACGCCUUCUCGUCGCGAGCACAAGCCGAGACCGAGGCCAAGGUCAUCGGCCGCUUCGUCGACGAGAUGAGCGGGCUCAUGCUGUCCGUGCACGACUACGAGCAGCGCGUCACGGCUCUCCUUACGUCCAUCCACGCCUACCUCUCGGACCUCUCGACCUCGUCGCCCAACCCGUCGUCUUCGUACCCUGCCCUCGUCGCCCACCUCACCUCGCUCGCGUCGCACCGCCGCGGUCCGACACGCCUGUGGGCCCGCGACAAGCUCGCGACGCAAGAGCUGCUCGGCAACAUCCGCGUUAAGCUCGAGACGUACCGCCUGAGGGGUUACGACGCGCCCGAGGGCUUGAGGGUCGAGGACGUCGCCAACUCGUGGGAGGAGCUCACGUCGGUGCAGUCGGAGCGGGCGAGACUCGUCACCGGGCUCAUUCAGCGACUUCAAGAAGAAGCUCAGGCGCGGUACGUCGCUCAAGCCGAGGCGCUCGACGAGGCGCUCUUCAGCGCUCAAGGCGAGCUCGCCGCCAUCGCGCUCCCGGCCAAUCUCUUGGCUCUCGACCGUCUCGCCGCAUCUCGCCUUCCGGCCUUGCGUCACUCGCUCGACGGUGUCCUGGGCGCACGAGACGCCUGUGCGGCGUGCGACGCGCUCGACAACAAGCUCGAGGCGCUCGCGAGCGGCGUGGACGAGCUCGAGAGCGCGGUUGGCGAGGUCGAGGCGGCGGUCAAGGCGCGCAGGAGCUUCGUCGAGAACCAGAUCAUUGCCCGCAAGGCGACGUCGCUCAGCCCCGAGCAGCUCGAGGACAUCUCGUCGGCAUUCCGCACGUUCGACAAGGAGGCCAAGAACGCCCUCGACCUCGACGAGCUUGCGGGAGCGUUGGGCAGCCUGGGCGUGCCCGAGGACCUCGACGACCUCAAGCAGGACGACAAUGGUCUCGUCCGCUUCGACGAGUUCCUGCGGUUCAUGACCGAGCGCGCAGAAGAUCGACCGUCGGCAAGCAGGCUCCGCACCUUGUUUCGCUCGGCCGCUAGCGACAAGCCGUUCAUCACCGACCUCGACCUUGCGCGCCUGUCGCUCCCGGCUGCGGCGGUCGCGUUCCUCAAGGAGCACAUGCCGCGCGCCGCCGCCCUCGACACGAACGGUGGUCGCCCCGACGACGACGGCAGCGACGGGUUCGACUACGAGAGCUUCCUCGAGCAGUUCUGCGAGGCAUAGAGACGGGCGCUCGAGCCUCGUCCACAGACACUUUCUCUCCUUGUUGUAGCUCUCUCUCUCUCUUUCUCUGUGCUGCAACGCUCUCGUUCGCCUCUC